CCCACGCUUUGCAGUGCUAUUCUUGCAGGGACCCCGUAAGCGCUGACAAAUGCCUGGACAUAGUCAACUGUACAGCAAAUGACACCAUGUGCAGGACGGAAAUGCAUUCCCGAGAGGAUGUAUAUCCAUUCCAGGGCGAUUACACCGUCAAACGAGCUUGUUCUUCGAAGUGCAUCCCAUCCGGUGAGGACGAUAUUGGUCUGACACGCCCGGUUUCCUGCUGCAAUACGGACCUCUGCAACCACGACGGGGCAGCCGGUCUUCACAUCAGCUACAUCACGGUUGGGUUCUCAGCUGCUUCCUUCUUCCUCUUCCUCAGGACUGGACUGUGA